UGUGUGUGUGUGUGUGUGUGUGUGUGGCUCCUCCCUCCUACAUAAUAAGGCAGCUCCCCUGCCCGGCCGACCGUCACUUGAGCAGGAAGUGUCUCGGCCUUCAUUUGCUGGACGACUUCUGCAGCCAUGAUUGUAACGUGUGUGUGUCUGCUGCUGGCGCUCCAAAGCGUGGAGGCUGGCAGGGAAGGCGCUCUGUCGAGACAAAAAAGGCACUGGGUGCCGCCGCCAAAACCACUGAAGGAAAAUAAGGACUACACUCGGGACACAUCGGUGGCCAAGAUCCAUUCCGACUUCGAUGACGGCAAAGGCAACCUGCAAUACUCCCUAGAAGGGAUCGGUGCCAACCAGUCUCCCUUCAACGUGUUUGUGGUGGACCGUAGGACCGGAUUAAUCCGGGUGACCCAAGUGCUGGACAGGGAGAAAAUCAGCAGCUACAAUCUGUCAGGCGUCGCCACGUACAAUAACGGCAUUUUGGCGGAAAAAAAUAUUGACAUACGCUUCAAGGUCAUGGACGAGAACGACAACCCCCCGGUGUUCGCCGCCAGCUUGCCCGGGGCGGUGAACGAACUCAGCCCUAUAGGGACCUCCGUCAUGCAAAUCACAGCGACCGAUGCUGAUGAACCAGGGAAUCCCAACUCUCAGAUCUUCUAUAGCAUUGUGAAUCAGAUCCCAGCAGGGUCCGGGAACAUGUUCGGCAUAGGGACUGAUGGAACCAUCUUCGUCAAUCAGGAGGGCUUGGACAGAGAGGAUGUAGAUUCGUACACGCUGACAGUGAGAGGUCAGGACCUAAACGGCGCAGCGGGCGGGAACAGUGCCACAAGUACUGUCGUCGUUAAAAUCAACGACGUGAACGACAACGUUCCCACUCUGGAAAAGGAGGUGUAUGAGGGCAACAUUGAGGAGAACACCUACGAUGUGGAGGUGAUGCGAUUCCAAGCAGAAGACUUGGACUUGGAGGGCACGGAAAACUGGGAAUCUGAGUUUGUCAUCACCAAGGGCAACGAGGCUGGCUACUUCAGCAUCAUAUCAGAACCAAAGACCAACACGGGCAUCCUCAUGCUUGAUAAGGCAGUGGACUAUGAAAAUGUGAAGAACCUGGAUCUAGGGGUCGCUGUAAGGAACAAGGCUGGACCCUACAGUGAAAGUACCAUUAGUUUCGGUGGAGGAGCGGGUGGAGGAGGAGCGGGUGGAGGAGGAGCGGGCGGAGGAGGUGGCGGUGGAGGUGGCGGUGGAGGUGGCGGAGGAGGUGGCGGUGGAGGUGGCGGUGGAGGUGGCGGAGGAGGCGGCGGUGGAUCAACUUCAUCAUCAUCCUGGUCAUCAACAUCAUGGCAAAGCUCGACAUAUAAGACCUAUCCCGUCAAAAUCAACGUAAAGAAUCAGCGUGAAGGACCACAUUUUGAGCCCAAAGUCAAAGUGAUCACCAUGUCAGAGGGAGGCUCCACCAACAUUCAGGACAUUAUUGCCCGUUACCAAGCAACAGACCAAGACACUGGGAAAGCAGCUGAGAAAGUCAGAUAUGUUAAAGGCUCUGACCCUGACAACUGGCUCACCAUUGACCCGGACACGGCUGAGAUCAAAAUGAACAAGAUGCCUGACAGAGAGUCUGUGUACCUGGUUAAUGGGACAUACUACGCCCAAGUACUCUGCAUUUCAGAAGACAUGCCUUCGAGCACCGCCACUGGCACUGUGGCCAUCCAGGUAGAAGAUUUUAACGACCACUGUCCCACCCUGACCAGUACCAUCGAGACUCUGUGCCUUCCAAACGAUGCUGUUUUUGUCACCGCUGUUGACGAAGAUGACUUCCCAAACGGAGCUCCUUUCACUUUUGAAAUCAUCCCAGAGGGCACAGAAGGAAAAUGGCUGGUGGAGCAUCUAAAUGAUACUACUGCCAUCCUCAGGACCCAGGAGUCCCUGUGGCCUGGUUUACAGGAGGUGGAAUUGCUGGUAAAGGACGAGCAAGGGGUAGCAUGCCCGGAACCGCAGAAGGUGACUGUCCAAGCGUGUACCUGCGAGGACGGAGUGAUUUGUGGAAGACGAGGCGCCCAGGGUCAGCCAGACAAAAAAACAGAGUUAGGACCUGCAGGAAUCGGACUUCUUUUGCUUGGCCUGCUUCUUCUACUACUUAUCCCUCUACUCCUGCUCUUCUGCCAAUGUGGUGCCGCUCCAGACUUUGCCAAGAUAAAUAUUGACACCAAAUCUCACCUCAUUAAUUACAGCACCGAGGGCCAAGGAGAGAACACGGAAGUGCCACUAAUGAACAUGCCGACACAAGUGGACGCAGGGGACAUCUCCAUGGCAAAUGAACCAGGCCAGUACAACAUGUUUGUAGGGAACAACAUGAUAGAGUCCGCAGUGGGAAUGAGAAACAUACGAGACAGUGGGUUUGAAAUUAGAACGGCGGGAGAAAGCUAUGAUGACAUAGCCCUACCACAUCACAUCCUCAGAGAGUACUAUGCACAGAAGAUGAACAGUGGAGGAGAUCUUGCUGUGAAAGAUGCUCUCUUGGCGUAUGACUUUGAAGGUCAAGGCUCCGCCGCUGGCUCAGUGGGCUGCUGCAGUCUCCUUGAAUCUGACAACGACUUGCAGUUCCUCGAUGAUCUUGGGCCAAAGUUCAAGACCCUGGCAGAGGUGUGCGGUGGCAAGAAAAUCCAACAAGACGUUGUCGUCCCAGUUGUGCCCGAACCCCGACCAGAACCUCCUAAGCUGCCACCAGUUGUCCCUAAAGUAGAACAAACUGUGAUCAAAGAGACGGAUCGCUCACAGGUGUUGAAGAGCAACACAACGACCACAGUGGUAGAAGGGGUACAAAAUCAAGGCCAGAUGUUCCUGCUCCAACAGCAGUCGCCUGUCUACUACACCACCACUGCCCCUGUGAUGCAGUCCAUGCAGUACAUGGUCCAGCCACAAGUUCAGAACACCAUGCUACUGACUGAGGCACCAGUUACUAACAUGCAGGGCAUGAUGUUAGCAGCACCCACACAAGGCAUGCUAAUGUCUGGUGGACAAGCCCAAGGCCCCGGCAUGGUGCUGGUUACUGGCACCCAAGCAGCACCUGCACAAGGCAUGAUGGUCCAAGGAGGGAAGGUGGUCUCUGGUAAAAAGGCUCAUGGACCUGGCAUGGUGAUGGUUACUAGCACACAGGCAGCCUCUGGACCAGGCAUGAUAUUUCAGGGCCAAACAAUGGUAACCAGCGGAAAAGCUAGAGCCCCCAAAAGUGGGGUCCAUACCAGUGGAGCAAAUCUGAUCAACACUGGAGGCCUAGCAAGCUCCCAACUCGUGAUGGAAGGCAAAGCCCCUGUAGGGAAAGGGAAAGUGAGGUCAAGCCAAACCUCCCUCAAACAAGGUGGCAUUCUACUGCAAGGAGGGUCCGCUGGCGUACAAGGCCAACCCCAAGGUGGCAUUCUACUGCAAGGAGGGUCCGCUGGCGUACAAGGCCAACCCCAAGGUGGCAUCCUACUGCAAGGAGGGUCCGCUGGCGUACAAGGCCAACCCCAAGGUGGCAUCCUACUACAAGGAGGAUUGGCUAGCAUGCAAGGCCAAACCCAAGGUGGCAUCCUACUGCCAGGAGGGUUGGCUAGCAUGCAAGGCCAACCCCAAGGUGGCAUCCUACUGCAAGGAGGAUUGGCUAGCAUGCAAGGCCAACCCCAAGGUGGCAUCCUACUGCCAGGAAGGUUGGCUAGCAUGCAAGGCCAACCCCUAUUGGCAGAAGGAGGAGUGUCCCUGAAAAGCAACAUCCCUGCAUCUCAGAGCAGCAUGACAACUAAGUCCAGCACCACAGUUGGCCGAGUCCCCACCUACCGCAAGGUGGUGGUGCAGGAGGAGAAACUCACUGAACUGUGACCCGACAAAUGGACUUUCUAAAGCAAUGCAAACUUUUGUCAAGGUAGUUCAAGUAUGUUCUUGCUGUGCUAUUUUUUUCGGUGGCGGGCGUUGUGCAGCAGUUUGCCUCCAAGGGACGCUAGAACGUGGUUAAGUACUCGUACUGCGGCUCCCACUUGAUGCAUUCCAUUGGCGCUGGAACACAGUCAACACACCCACGGAAGGCCACCUGGAUGGUCUUCUGUGGAAGGAAGCUCCCUGUGGGCCCGCCUGCUGUGUUUGCUUGGCUGAAUUCAAGAAGGUUCCAUUGUCAGCUCCACAGCCAAGGAACAUUCUAGAUGCCCAUCAUCAACCAGCAUCUAAUCUUUGCUUUUUUUUUAUUCUACAUUUUUAACAUUUUGGCAAAAGGAUUUCAGGAUCGGCAAGAAUUACAACACACAGACACGACAUCUACACAAUCCGCAACUGGAUGGAAAUACAGUUCUUGUCCAAUGUUCGCCUUUCUGGGGAGAAUUGCAACAACAUUUUGAAGUUUGUCCAGUUUUUCUACGCCAAACCUGUCCAAGUACACCUUCGCAGACCUUGGUCUGUGCACCGGGUGCAAAAAAAGGGCUUUCUGACAAGGUUGGAACUUGAAACUGUCCAAAAUAUCUUUCCAAGAAGAAUUCCUGUUUGCAAGCAACCAAGGACUCGUUGACUGUAUUGUUGACCCAUGUGGUGUACUUUCUCUUCAGACCAAAACUGUAGCAUUAAACAGGAUGUAACACACUUUGUUAAACAACUGCAAUAAAACUAAAACUAAGACAACACAUCUCAGAGAGGGAUGGGAACCAAACUUGGUACUUUUUUAAAGUACCGACCGAGUCUCGUUGCCACCACCGUGAAAUCAAACGGUACCAUGUUUGAUACCUUUGUUGCACGCGACUUCCUGUCCGGUUUCACUUGACUUUUUGUAGUGGACUGCCUCUGGGUAAUGUUACAACUUUCCAUGCCGACAAAACAAGACUACCUGAGAGGAAGCGCUCAAAAGUAUGAACUUGAUGCUAAUUUACUUUGGAUUUGCCAAAUACAUGCUACUGAUUAGCAUUAGCGAUUUAACAUGGCGAUUGCAAGACCUCCAAAUGUGGCUUUAAAAACUACACUGUAAAUGAUUUGCCAUUUCAAAUCUUAUAUCUAGAAUUGUACUUAGUUGUAAAAGCUAUUUACUUCAUGGACUUUCCAUCAUAAUCUUAAUUUUAGCAUGAAUAAUUUGAUCUUGUCUAUUUUAGUUGAGAAAUGUGUCCAAUUAAGAAAAUAACUAUUAAAAUAGGAUAUCUUUGUGUUCCGCCACAUGGAAAAUCUUCUUUAAAAGUUUUCUGCAACGUACAGCAGGAAGGGGAUUCCUAUGGCCCAAUUCGUCACAGUUUACCUGACACAUGAAAUGUGACAGCACAGGGCAGUAGAGUGUUGGAUAUCUUCAAAUGUGUUUUGUGUCAAUUCCAACCUUGACCACAGUGUCAGUUGCUAUGUAGCGUGGCGCUUUCCAUCCUUUUCAGCAGACUGUAUUGUAAACUGAUUAAGAUUAACCCGCACUCCUCCUCUCACGGGAGAUUCACCCAGGAAUGGGGGUAUAGGAAUCCCGUCCCUACCAUACCAGGAAUGCUUCAUUUAAGAAGUCAAACAAAGCUUCUUUUCACAAUAAAAUACCUUUUUCCUAGCUUAAAAGUCCCGCUAUUUCCAAAUCUUUAUUAAUCAAGUGAAAUUAAAGGCCUACUGAAAUAAGAUGUUCUUAUUUAAACGGGGAUAGCAGCUCCAUUCUAUGUGUCAUACUUCAUCAUUUCGCGAUAUUGCCAUAUUUUUGCUGAAAGGAUUUAGUAGAGAACAUCCACGAUAAAGUUCGCAACUUCUGGUCGCUAAUAAAAAAGCUUUGAAGACGAUGAUGUCACAAGUGUGAGGGCUCCUCACUUCCUCACAUUGUUUAUAAUGGGAGCCUCCAGCAGUAAGAGCUAUUUGGACCGAGAAAACGACAAUUUCCCCAUUAAUUUGAGCGAGGAUGAAAGAUUUGUGGCUGAGAAUAUUGAUAGCAAAGGACUAGAAAAAAUAAAUGAAUAAAAAAUAAUGUAAAAAAAAAAAAAAAA